GUCCUCUAUUAUGCUACACUUCAAAGUUCGUUGAUCCGGAAACUGAAAAAAAAACAGAAAAAAAAGAACACACUUUACAUUCAAGUACAUCUAAGUGAAGUUAAACUAAUCUAAUCCGAUGGAUUGGUAGACAGUUAAAGUGGUCUUCAGUUGACCUGUGAAAGGGUGUUUCUCAGUUAAGCAAUAACAAAAUGACCACAGUCUGGACAGCAAGCAAUCUACGUCGACAAGAUGGACGUUAUAACAGUCUAUCCAGAAGUUUAGGAUCUUUAAUGUCAAUUGUACUCGAUGAGGAUAAAUCUCCAUCCGUGUUGAUUUUUUCUAAUCAAUCACCAAGAGAGACUAAUUUACAAACAAGUGUCUCUGUUGGUGAUCGAGUCGGAGAUGAGAAUAUUUUGCCGUUAAAUGGAUUAAGUUUUCGUUCAUUACAAACAGACUCUUCUUCAUCGAUUGCAUUUGUUGGCAAAAAAAUUAAACGUGAAUAUCAAUCGGCGUUUGUAUUGCCUGAUAAACAAACAAUUGGUAUUAUUCGUCAAGAAGCGUUUAUGACUGAAGAAGGUUUAGCUCAAGUCACGCUUAGUUUAUGCGUUUCGACUCAUUUAGAUGGUUUAAAAGUUAGUAAAAGUGAAAGAAUAUGUGAUUACCUUGAUACGGACUAUUGGGCUUCCAUUUUAUUAGCUUCCACUGAAUCUCACGAUGCUGAACUAUUAGGAUAUAUGGGACCUGAAUAUACUUCAAGAAAACCUAAUCGUUUUAACUUUGAACGUUCUGAAAGCCGACGACGUAAACGAGAAAUUGUGCUUGUUCAAGAAGAGAUUGAAGAUAGCGAUGAGAAAGAUAAUGUUAGGCAAUUUGAUGGUAGCAAUAUUUUGCCUGAAAGUGUUACAGUGUACGAAAAAGUAUAUCCUAAAGAAAAGGAUGAAUGUGAUCCCCAGACACAUCGAUUAAUCCUGCAUCCUCCACCACCCCUUCCACCUGCACAGAGGCCAGAAUCACCGCCGCCUUCACUACCGAAAACUUUAAAAGUAUCUGAAAGAAAUGCUUCACCAAAACCACAACUAACUUCGAGUAGAAAUUCAUGUCAGCCAAAAGAACAAGCCCCAAUAAUUGGACGGGCUGAACCACCUGGAAAAACUAAACCAAUUGUAAGUAGUCCGAAAUCUAAAGAAAAUUUUGAAAAACUUAAACGUCAAUGGAAUAAUCGUAUUGCUCAAAUGCAAGAACAUCUAGAUAAUCAGUAUCGCGAUACACCAACAUCGCUACCACAAACUUAUACAGAAGGACAUCGUGGUUCUACAGUUACAUCAAUUCUCCCCACAGUAGAUAAAAGAUCUUCUGAUCCAUAUGUAAAAAGUCGAAUUCCAUCUACUGACCAAAGACUCUCCCCUGAACAAGCAUAUGAUCAUCAAUCUCUUCCGGAUAGAACUUCAAUGGAUCAUGGAUCAAAUAAAGAGAAUUUUAUUUUCCACAGCUUUGAUUAUAUCAAUUCAUCAUCACCGGGUUCCGGUGAUCUAGUGGAUCCGGUUACGGAACGUUGUGAAAAAGAUGCACAAUUUAUCUAUAGUCAAGCAAGACUAUUUGUUAAUCAACAAAAUAUAGGCAGAUUAAGUCCACGAAAAUUAUCAGUUGAUCGAGGUAAUCGUCAUUCGACUACGACAGAAACGCGAAGUAAAGUGACCGAUGAGCUCCCAGGUCAUAGACGCCAUCCUCCACCGCCUCUUUCUCCAAACUCGAAAGAAGAUAUACACUAUCCACGUGACGGGACUGUUAGUCGACCUCGAAUUUCAGAUGGUUCUAAAGCUGCUACUCCAUUAACUCCAACCAGACUUUCAUCAAAAAAUCUUGGUGACGAUCCAGAGAAAAGAAAACAACAACAAAAGCUAUACGACGACGAAUUCAAAAAUGGAAAUAGAGAACCAAUGCCAUUGGAUCCCAGGAAACCAAUUACACAGUUUAAUUAUGGCAUACUUCAACAUCCAGAUGAAUAUAAUUAUUUAGCUGAAGCAGAAAAACAAAAACCAACUAUAGAUUUUGCAUCAGAAUUAUCUUAUGAUAGCAGUCUUUAUGGUAAAAUUAGCCAAGGUUCCGCUCGAAAACAACCACCAAUUAAGCAUUAUGAUAAGUAUAAGGAUAAAAAACCUGAUAAACCACAUCGUCAUCCACCGCCACCUCAACCUACUGAUCAUGACCAAACAAAACGUUUAGACGAUAAACCAAGCCCAAAACCAGGCAGAAGAUCAGGCCAUGGAAUGGUUUCAGUUGAUGAAAAUUAUUAUGUAAAUGUACCUGGUUCAGGUCCACCAGUUAUUCGUCCACCAUACAAUGGACACAAGAGAUCACUGCAAGAUUUAAGUGAACGUUCCGGCCCUCAUAGUGCUUAUGAUCCUAGAUUGGGCGAUACAGUUAUUCAACCAAGUAAACCUAGAACCAGUGAUAGAAUAUCGGAUCAAAUGCCUGAUUAUUAUGAUCAAUAUACAUCGGAUGAAAGUGAUUAUGAUGAUUCAGGAGAAUCAGAUGAAGAACUUAGACCGCCAGCAUUACGUACAAUAACUCAGACAAGGAGACGAUCUGAACCAGAACCUUCGAACAAUUAUCCACCUGUACAAUUAAGAAAACAGUCAAAAGGACAAAAAACUGGACAGUCAAUCACAUCAAUUCGUGAUAGCCUUAUUAGUCCUGAAGGUAUGUCAAUUCCUUCCACUCCGGGUUAUGAAAAUAUUUAUGGUAUUUAUUAUAAUGAUAAAACAGGUAAAUACAUGAAAGGACUAGAUCGUGAUCAUUCAAAUGGAAUGUCACAAGAACGUAUAUCACGACCACGUUCUAAACAUACAACUGCAACAAGUCGAAGUUCUGGUUAUUACGGUGUUAAUGUGGUGAAUGAUACAAGUUCAAAACACAGUUUAAUAAUCAGUACAAAACGUCGAACACUAAGUGGUUUAACUGGUACCCACCCAUCAAAACAUCGUUCCAGUUCAAUGAAUACUUUGUGGUUCGGUGAUCAUCCUGUACCGUCGGAACAUACAAUCUCGCCAGCUACACCAGUUAGAUUAUCAAAUAUACAAAUACAAGCUCAAGCAGAACUUGAACGUCGACACAGAUCAUCUUCACAUGGACAUAGUUUAGAUAGAAAAUCUAUAUAUAGCACAGGAAUGACAGAAAGUCAUUUGUCCAAAGGUUUAAGUGAUUAUCAUCAAGGUUAUGAAGGAAUUGGUUAUGCAUAUGAUAAUCGAGGAAGAUUAAUACAUGGUGGUGCAUGUUUACCUGAACGUUCAGCUAGUCGUAAACGUCGAUUAUUAGAUGGUCAUGAAAGUUUAUCAAGAGUAUGGAUACCACAAAGUGGUGAACACUAUCCAAUUAAACAAAUAUCUGAUAAGACACCUAGUUCGCUAAUGAAUCGUGAUGAACGGCAAGCACAAUUGGAUAAUUCAGCGAUGGCAUUUGCUUUACGGGAUUUUAAUGCGCCUAAAAUUCGUAACAAUAUUGAUCAAUCUCUUACAUCAUUAUCAACUAGUCUCAUAUUUCUAAAGAAAAACUGCUUUUAUGUAAUAACUUGAAAACCUCUAUAUAGACGGGGUGGUGUGGUGUGUGUGUGUGCGUGGGGGGGGGUCGGUUGGUGAUUAUCAUGUUAUCUAUACUAGACUGAUAUCUUGUUUCAUAAUUUCUUAAAGUGAAUUUCUUCCACCUAUCCAUGAUUACUUUUCUCAUUUGCAGUUAUUGUAACAAAUCCAUUGGAUUUAGUUGAUAUGUAGGUUGGAAUCAUUACUGACUUUAUUGUUUCUGACCUUUUUGCUUUUGUUUUCUCUCUUCUCCUAAAUGUUGAAAUAACGAUUGUGUAAUAAUAAUGAUAAUGAUACAAAUGAAUGAAAUUUUGAUUGAGACAUUCAAUGUGUUUUACUUUUUAAGUAGUAUAUUAUGAAGCUUAGUUUUUAAGUUUCCCUAUAUAUAAAUAUUAAAGUUACCUAAGAUAUUACUGAUAAA